AGUGGCUCCUUUCCUCUGACCCCCGCCUCUCAGCGUCACGCAGGGAAACCUGUCGUGUAUGUAAACGAGGUGCAGACGUCGCAGAGCGUGUUGCGUCAUCAGAAGUCGGCAACCUUAGAGUUAUACAUGGCUUGCUAAGAUGACUGCAAAUACACGUCAGCAAGUUCUUGGUCUGUAUCGCAAGAUUUUCAGGAUAGCAAGAAAAUGGAAGUCUGCGUCUGCACUGGAGGAAGAUACUAUCAAAGAAAAACAGUAUAUAGUUGAAGAAGCCAGGCACUUGUUUCACAAAAAUAAAAACAUAACGCACAAAGAAACUAUCGAGCAAUGCAAAGAAGAAUGCAAUGCAAGGAUUGAAAUUGGUUUACAUUAUGGAAUCCCAUACCCCAGACCUACCCACCUACCUCCCAUGGGGCUGUCAAUGUCUCACAGUAAAAAACUGAACAAACAAGAUAAGCUGAGGAAGCAAGCUAAGCCUCUGUACCUGAAAUCACAUGAUGAGAUCUCAUAGUGCCUAUGGGAAGGGGUAGGGGGGUGGAGGGGCAGAAAUCCGGCUGCCAUCCUUUUCUGUGGCCCUACUCUUGUAUGCAUAUUAUACAAGCCAGACAAAUAGAAGUGCAAAAUCGCAAUACUGGGACUGCAAAAGUAAGCAUGAACUACCGUGUGCGGAUUAUUAUAUUUGUCAUCUUCCUGCACAUUGCUUGUAAAAAACAAAUGUAACAGCACAUCAGUGUAUAUGUUUUUUUAAUUUAACAAUAUUGUUUACGCUAUGCACAAUGUGUUGAGAUGCCCUGCCGUGCUUUGUAAUUUGAUUCUGCAUUUUAAUGCAAUGCACACCAAAUGACCUGCAUGAAACGGGGCACAGAAAUAUUAUUCUCAGUCUUGCAUUUAUCUGAUUAACACAAUUAGUGUAAAGUUUGUAGGGCAGUUCAUACACCGUUACUGCAAUAAAAUUCACAUUUGUGUGAUGCACAGCAACAUGUUGUAUGUGCUGGUGCAGCGAGUUGCCAUUCAGCCUCAAUGGCACCCCUGUGCACCCUCUCGUGGACGUAUGUAAUGAUCAGGAGCUGGCAGGUUGAGCUCCUCCUGAUCAGCCAAUGACUGUGGUCACGUGAUCAGGCAGCCUGUCCCACCCCCUGGGUGUGCAGACCCACUUAAAGCGAUGCUUGGGCCAAAUUUGUUUUAUACUGUAUGCUAAUGUUUUAGAAUCCUUGUUGCCAUGUGUACUUUAUAUACAUGGAUGCGGCCAUUUGCAGGCUUCUUAUAGUAGCUAAUCUACAAAUGUCUGCAUUUUGUAAACUAUGAACAUGGAAGGGCAGAAAUGUAAAAAUGGGAAAGUCAUAAUAACAAGUUACUGUAAGCACUGCAGUUAUAUAUUUUUUAAUUUGUGUUCUAUAUAUAUGUAUAUAUUCAUCCUUUAAACAAAUGCCUUUUAUGAAAUAUAUAUGAAUAAACUGAAUCUAUUUAUGUGA